CACGUGAUGGUGUUUUCUGCUGAAGAUUAUGUAGAGAACCUGUCAGUAGGAAGUAGCAGGAUCGGCAUUACAGCUGCUGGACAGAAUGAUGGACAACACCCGGCUAAGGAAUGACAACUAUAUUGACUACAGCUCCACUGAUGUCAGCCCCAGUGAAGAGAGCUCUCCUGGAUCAAUAAACCGCACUCUUCCAAGGCACAGACAGUAUGAGAGACUGGGAGAGGAGAACAGCAGCAGUACCACAUGGUUCCAGACAUUGAUACAUUUGUUUAAAGGGAACAUUGGAACUGGCCUCCUGGGCCUACCUCUAGCUGUGAAGCAUGCUGGAAUUGUGUUGGGCCCCAUAAGUCUGGUAAUAAUGGGCAUCAUUGCUGUUCACUGCAUGGACCUCUUAGUUAAGUGUGCUCAUCACUUCUGUCAAAGGGACCAGCGACCAUUUGUGGACUACGGAGAUGCUGUGAUGUAUGGCAUGGAGUCCACAUCCAACCAAUGGCUACAAAGGCAUUCCAUCUGGGGAAGGCGUCUUGUUGGAUUCUUUCUGAUCCUCACACAGUUGGGUUUUUGCUGUGUCUACUUUGUGUUCCUGGCUGACAAUGUAAAGCAGGUAGUUGAAGCUUCCAAUGCUACCACCAAUGACUGCAGCAGCAACAAAACCAUAAUUCUCACCAACAGCAUGGAUUCCAGGCUUUACAUCUUGUCAUUUCUCCCGUUUCUAAUACUCAUUGUCUUCAUAAGAAACCUGCGCUACUUGUCCUUCUUCUCACUUUUUGCUAACGUGGCCAUGCUGGGGAGUGUAAUCUUAAUUUACCAAUAUAUUGGCAGGGAUAUUCCAGACCCCACACAUCUGGCCUAUGCAUCCACCUGGAGAUCCUACCCCCUCUUUUUUGGCACCGCAAUAUUUGCUUUUGAAGGCAUUGGUGUGGUCCUACCUUUGGAGAACAAGAUGAAAAUUCCACGUCAGUUUCCUGUUGUGCUGUACGUUGGGAUGGGCAUUGUAACAGCUCUGUACAUCAGCAUGGGCACUUUGGGUUACCUGCGUUUUGGAUCCAGUAUUCAGGCUAGCAUUACCCUGAACCUACCUAAUUGUUGGCUGUACCAGUCUGUGAAGUUGCUCUACUCCUUUGGGAUAUUUAUCACCUUUGCCCUGCAAUUCUAUGUUGCUGCAGAAAUCAUUGUCCCUACUGCAACGAUGAGAGUUCCGGAUCGUUGGGUCCUAGCUGUAGAUUUUACCACAAGGGCAUCAUUGGUUUGUGUCACGUGUGUCCUCGCCAUCCUUAUUCCCCGGUUGGACCUGGUCAUCUCUCUGGUGGGGUCAAUAAGCAGCAGUGCCCUGGCUCUUAUCAUUCCUCCAGUGUUGGAGAUUCUCACUUUUUACUCAGAAGGCCUCAGUCGCUGGGUCAUUGCAAAGGACAUUCUUAUCAGCAUUGUGGGGUUUUUGGGGUUUUUGUUGGGAACAUAUGUAACCUUAUGGGAAUUGUUUACACCAAAUGCCCUUCCAAGUCUCAAUUACACGUAUGCAGUCCAGUGAGUUUAGGCUAUAUGAAGCUAUUACAAUCAACAUUGUCCACCUGCAGCUAUUUUUUUUCUUUUCAUUGUGAUUCUAAAAGAGUUGAGUGGACACAAGCAUUUAUUAAAUUGUUCUCUUGAUGGCCCUGUGUUACUCAUAUAGCUUCUUUACUUACGUCAGUGAAUGUAUGUAAUACUAUAGCUGCCAGUGACAACAGGUAUUAAUUGUUGACAGAUGUAAAUUGUACGGUUCUACCUAUGUUUACUUUGCACAAAUUGUUUACUGAGUUAGGGUUUACUUUGAUAAAGCACAGGGGAUUUAGUCAGUGGCUACAACCCUCUUUAAUAGCCUUCCUACAAUGUAAUUGGCUCAUUACUUAAUAGAUUGGGGUCAAUUUAUUAUAUGUCGAGCAGACAUGAAUCGCUGUAGUGAAUCAUGUUCGUCCGACAUUGCUAAAGAUGCAUACGCUGUUGGCAUUUAACAUUGCACAAGCAUUUCUGGUGAAAUGCUUGUGCAAUGACGCCCCCUGCAGGGGGUGUCAAUCAUCCCAAUUGGUUCGGGUUGAUUGCAGUACUAAAAGGUGGUGGACCGCUGCUUCUUAACUUAUGUUUACGCCGAGAUGGAAACUACUGACUUAGACAGCAGCUCCACUGCUUAUUAAAUCUACCCCAUUGUUUGUUAUGCAUUUCAUUGGACUGGCUUCUUUGCCUUCAAAGUUCCCUAUGUUGUUCUUUAAAGUGAAGCAGUUUUAGUAUAAAGUAUUUUGGCUUUUAAGGGGGUUUUGGCAGAGAAAUUCUUCUUACAGCAGCCUCUUGGAUAACACAGCAGAUAAUCUUUGUUCUGAAGGCUUAUUAAAAAAAAAUCACUGAGACCUCAAUAAUCUUAUAAGGGAAACAAUAGUAGUUUACUAUAUUUUAUUUUUUUGGUCAGCUUAGCUUUUAUGUCUCUAUUUUUAUUUUAAAAUUUUAGAAAAUGUAAAAAAUAUAAUUUAUAAUCUCUACAAAUUAAAUUAUUAGAGUAUUGUUUGGGAACAUCAAAUAGAUCUUGAUUUUCUGUUUAUCAUUUUGGUAUUUUUAGUUUUCUAGUAGAAUUAAAAAACAAAGUAGGGUUGUACUUUUCACGUCUUGAACCAAAACACUGAAAUAAGUUGGUACAUGAACAUUUUUUGAAUGUUGUUUAGAAAAUGUAUGCAUGUUUUGAUCUUUGGCGGAGACCCAGAUAUCUUGCGCAGCAAAUGGGAUCUAAGUCCAUAAAGUAUUGAAUUACUCUUGCAGCAGUGAAAUAGUCGAGAGUGGCAGUGUCAAGUUACAUUAGGUGCCAAAACCCCAUAAACCAUUGUGAUGUUAUUUAUGAAUUUGGUUGACCAUUGUGAUGUUAUGAAAUAGUUUCAGUAUAAAGUAUUUCGGUUUUAAAAGGGAUUUUGCCAGAGAAAGUCCCUUUCUUCUUCUUUCAGCCGCCUCUUGGAUCUAAUUCCAUAAAGUAUUAAAUUACUCUCGCAGCAGUGAAAUAGUUGAGAGUUGUAAGUAUCAAGUUACAUUAGGUGCCAAAACCCCAUAAACCAUUGUCAUGUUAUUUAUGAAUUUGGUUCCCAAGAAUUGAUUGUAAUUUUAUGUUAAAUUGUAUUUGCAAGAAUUCAUGCCACACAUAAAUAAGACUCCUUACACAGACCAUAAAGGACACUGACAAGACUCCAGGGUGUGAGCUUAGCUUUAUACAUUGGCUUUUGUGGCAUAGCAGUUUCAUAUUUCAUGCAGCUUAAAACAGAUAUUUAUCAUAAUUGCAUUAGGUUCUCAGUUGUGGACUACACUACUUUUAAAGUCAAUGUGAGAUAUAUUAGUAGGUGGUUACUUUAUACCUUUACUUCCCAAAGGGUUAGUGGCACUGCUGAUCCCAUAUAUAUGUGAUCCACAGACUUACUGCACCAGCCUGCCUAAAUAAUAAAUAGAUUUUAAUUUAUUAUUUUUAAAUAUAAAUAAUUAACUGGUUUUGCUACUCUACAAGUGAUAAGCAAAAAGAUUGGGACGCACAACAAAAUUGGAUUGGUUGAAAUUAACUAAACGCACUAUAGAGGUUUGGAAAUGUUACCAUGUAGUCUAAUACCCGGGGAUGUCUUAGACAUCUGGCAUCCUGAGUUUAUUAGUCAAUACAAAAUAUUUAUUUUUUAUUUUUCUAUGAAGUUUUAUGAAUAUGGAAGACCCAUAUUAAAUUGAAUACUUAAUUUAAGAGACUAUUGAUAACAUCAGUUUUAAGAAACUUUCAACUGUAAAUUUUUUUUAAAAAAUUUUGAAAAAGAAACCUCUGAGAUUUCAGACCAUACACUACUUUGUGACUGGUGUGUACGCACUGUGCACAUUCAAGGUGGGUACCUGAUUAACUUCUCUCUAUGCUUUGAUAUCAAGGGUAGUACCUUUAAGUGCUUUAGUUAAACACAUGUAGUACACACUAAUAUUUACUGGUAUGUACAGCCCAUACUGUAUAUUAUAAUGUUCCUUAAAAAUAGUUUUAAAUUUACAUUUAAAACUACAGUUCAUGACAGAAAAAAACUACAUUAAAUAUUUUAGCCCAGGCACAAAUGGUUUAUAUUCCAACUCUAAUAAAAAUGUAAUAAGGAAAGUGAUCCAUUACAAAUAAGUAAAAUUAUAUUGAAUGUUUAAACUAAAAACAAGUUUCCCUUCAUGUUUUAACAUUGAGUGGGGAUUGAACUCCCCCCCCCCCCUCAAAAAUCUUUGUACAUUGAAGUGUAUGGAUAUCUUUUUACAUGUAUGGUAAAUUAUUUAUUAGAAACUUUUAUCAUUUCUAAGAACACAGUCACCUUUUUAUAGACCGGACAAUUUUGUUUGUUUUUUUUUGUUUGUACUGAAUCUUAAAGGGAUAUGAAGCCCAAUUUUUUCCAAAAAUGUGCCAGCUCCUAAGCUUACAAUCUUGCUUUUUCAAAUAAAGAUACCAAGAGAACGAAGACAAUUUGAUAAUAGGAGUAAAUUAGAAAGUUGCUUAAAAUUUCAUGCUCUAUCUGAAUCAUGAAAGAAAAAAAUUGGGUUUCAUAUCGCUUUUAAAAAUAAAAUAUUGUGGUAUGUUUCUUUACAAACAUUUUAGAUUAACACUGCCUUUAUAUAAUAGGAGCCAAAUACAGAAUACGUAAUUGUUGGAUUUAACUAAUCAUCCAACAAUACGUAUUUAUUUAUUUUUUUAUUUCAUAUAUGGGAGGAUAUUUCAAAAUCUAUUAUAUAUAUAUUUGUUAUGUGUGCUCAUCUGCUUAGUAAGCUAGCAUUUUCUUUCUAGACUUGUGGAGACUUUUCUCAUCAGUAGUGUUUUGGAAGUUGCCCUAAUCAACCAGUGAGCAUUACUACAGCAAAAUCAGUUAUAGGUAAACAGACAUUACAUAAUGUUUACCACGCGGAUAUAUUUUAAUAGACAUAAUUUCUGCUCUUUCAUAUGCACAAUAACAGUUUUAUAGACUAAAAAUAAUACUGGCUUGGCAAAGUAUUAGUUUUACCAUCUCUAAAGGUCUUUAUAAGGGUCUUGAACUUAGCUGCAUUUUAGUCACAUUUGCACAAAUCUUUGACUGUAUUCUUGAAGAUUUUUGUACUGUAACCACUUGGCAAAAACAUGGUCAAGAGAGUCUUUGUUGCCUAUGACAAUUUAAAUGUAACUGAUAUAUAAUAUACUACUGCCUACUGCUGUUUACUGGAAAAGGUUCCAUAUUUAUAAGUCAUGUUUGUAUCUAGUAAAUGAUGUGAUGUGUUCGUAUAUGUUAGAAUUAUAGAAAUGUUUUUCACAAUGUUUUAACCCAUAUUAAUUACACAAUAUAAAAAUAUUAUGACAAGAAUGUCUUACAGAUAUUUAGCAUUUUUUCAUGAUAGAAAAUGAUCUUCUAAACUGUAAAUACAUUAUUUUUAAAUAAAUAAAUAUAUAAGCCAUAAAUGUAAAGUAAAUCGACAAAGGCUUUGGCCUGAAUAUUAAAAGUAAAAGUUUACAACUACAAAGUGUGUAAUACGACUUAUAGAUUGUGUACAAACAGAAUUCUCUUGGAAGCUGCUUAUUUACAAUAUGGUUGUUGGUUUUCCAUUAGGUUUAAAGAAAUGUAUGAAGGGCGAAGUAUUUCUCAAGUUAUUAAUAGGAAUAUGUGAUGCGCACUUCCACCAUAAUUUCAUCAAUGAAAAAGUGGUUGAAGACUUUCCUUGAAAAUUGAUUUCUAUUAGAUGCCAGUGGAAUAAUCUGUGACAACUAUUAAUCUACGCUAUACUGACAACUAUCAUUUUUGCAGAUGUUAAAAUUAAGAGGAUAUAUUACAGUUGCACAGCUAUUUAUUUCCACCAUCUCUGGAAAAAAAUAACACUUUGCAUAAAAAGUAAUAGUCAAAAUAUGGAAAGGUGGGUAUUUUCAGAAGUAGAGCCAUGAAAUUUCCAUUUUGAUUGAUUUUAAAUAUGCAAAAAUUAUUCAAGCUGGAGUUGAAUAAAAAUGUCAAGUAUACAUGCAUACAUAGUAUAUUUUGGAAGGGUUAUACUUCAUAUAAUCACAAUAUUUUGUGCUUUUUGGUUUCAAUUAUUUUGUGAUUUCUAGCUCUUAGAAAUGAUUGGUCCCAUAUAAUAACGUGUUGAAAUACUGAAUCUGCUAAACUGAUGUAGCUUAAAGUAAUACUGUGUUAUCUUCUUGUCAAAUACUCUCAUCUGCCAAUAGCUUUUACUGAGGAUUUGUAAAAAUAUUGAGUACUUGUUAGAGAACACAAGCAACUUAUCACCCAAUAAUAGACAGGCAUGUACCUUAUACUAACAUUAAAGGAAUAUUUAAUACAAAGAUCUAUGGUCGUUGAUGAUGAUAAACAAAAUGAAUAAGAAUACUGUAUUGUUUAACUUUCUAUGAGUUUUGUAACUAGUGCCUUUAAAAAUGUUGCCCAAAACAGUUUCAGAAUGUAUGGUAUAUGGUCAUUCUAAAUUACUACAAUAAAAAAACUUAAUUGUG